AUGAAAUUACCUUCUAAAAAUAAAUUACCGGAUUAUUACGACAUAAUAAAAAAACCUUUGGAUAUAAAGAAAAUAAUUAACAGGAUAGAAGAUGGAAAAGAUUUUACUCAAAUGUGUCAAAAUGCUCAAAUAUACAACGAAGAAGCUUCUCUCAUACACGAAAAUUUAAUCGUCCUUCAAUCCGUGUUUACGAACGCGAGACAAAGAUUGGAACAGGAUGCGGAAACGGAUGAGGAUAAAGACGACGAGGAUGGAAAUUCCGAUUCGGAAUCCGUUAGAAUGAAAAUAAAAAUAAAAAGUGGAAAAGGUGGAAGAGGAGGAGAGGGAAGAGGAAGCACGAGAAGGAGGAAAACUCAACCAAAGUACACGAAUAGCGAUGACGAAGACGAAGAUGAUUGA